AUGCCUGAAACUACAAUGAAGGUCACCAAGGAUACAGUUACAAUUAAAGAACUAAAAGACUGGUGGGGUCACGAAGGACAAACUGUUCAACUAAAAGAUGCUGAUCCAAAUGAGCUUCAGCUUUUUAUUGAAAAGAUGCCCGUCCCAAUCCAAGGUGAGAGUAUUCAAAGUAAUUUCCAAAAUUUUGUUUAAGUUUUGCUUUUGGAAUAAAGAGGUACAUGGUUCACCUCUGUACAAGUGUAUGGAAACAGGCACAUCGAGGUUAAUAUGGUGAGACUAGCUAUAUUCUUUUGGUUUUGGUUGUUUUAAAUGAAAAGAGGGAUAAGGUUAAACUUACUGUAUUUACGAAGGUUUAUAAAAACAGGUAGCUCAAGCUUAUGGCUAGAGAAGUUAGUUUGGUGUUUUUGAAUUGAGAAGCAUAUGGUUAAACCGGUACAUUUGUAUGGAUAGCUGGGCUUUAAUAUUUAUAACUGAUGAGUGAAAUAUCCAUAUAUAAUCAUUAAUGCUUAUAAAUUUUGUCAACCGGCGGGAAUCUUCGCGUCAAAACAUUGUUUGCUGUUAAUAGUGUCAAGACGGGUAGACUACUGGAACAACAUUGAUCUUCUUAAAAGCAAGAACGCCCGUAGAGAAUGAUAUUCCGGCUGGCCCCUAUUCUAGUGAUUUGGAGUAAAAAAAAUCAGAUCAUGUUCAAGACUAAAUGAAAGCUUUGAGUCAACUGCAUUAGUCUGUAAUUCACAAAUCGAUUGAUGCCAAUUGCUUCCUCGCCUCAUUCUCCUAUCGCGCUGGCGGUUCCGCCGCCAAAAUUUCCCUCUGACCCUGAAUCGUCCUCAGUAGUUUUUUUUUAUCAAAAAUGUAGUUUACUUCAUAGAAAGUGCUUUGUACGAGGUCAUAUUCACGAGCUUGUUUGUGUCAAAACCCGAACGAGCGAGAUACGAGCGAGUGAGGGCUUUUGACACAAACAACUCAUGAAUACGACCUUGUACAAAGCACUUUCUAUGACGUGAACUGUUUAUUACACAUAUCACGAGAAAUAUUCACUGAAAUAGUUUUCUUAAUGUAACAUAUAAGCUUAUUACCUAGAGCAAAUCACAAAUACUGAGAUGCAAAUGUAAAUUUAAUAGCAAUUGCAAAUCUCGCAGCACAUCCUUAGUCCUCAUGAGGGCCUCCUAGGGGUUUUAGGGAACAAGGGAACAUCGCCAUUUACUUUUAGGGAACAAGGGAUAUUUCAAAAUAACUUUUAGGGAACAAGGGAACUGUUGAGGGAUAUUCGGGAACAAGGGAACAUUGACUUUCGACCAUUUUCUAACUUUUGGAGAGAUUUCCAUUAACUGUUUAUGAAGACAUUUCCGACGUUUCUGUAAUUUCACGCAUUUCCGACGACUAAGCCUGGCGACUAAUCUUCACAAGUGAACUGAUGACGACUGGGGACUAGUUUAGAACGCGUGGGAACCUUGGGAGAGACUCCGUCGGGUGGACCGCCAUUUUUAUGGUAAUUUUCUCUUUGGUGUUCCAUGUCUAGAAACGCUAACCAUUUAUUAAUAAAUGGCAACGGAAACAGAAGGAAUUCAAGCUCAAUCUGCGGAUAUAUCAGACACAACGGUAAUUGUACCGGUUGCCGGUGCAAUUUAUCACAAUGGAAAUGAAAAGCCCACAGAAAGAUGGUGUUUUGAACUCGGUAUGAGGACUGUUUCAGAUAAAGAUUUUACGUCAGUUUUAAGCCGCUUGCAGAAAGGAUUUGGCAUCAAGGAGAAAUGUGCAAUGCUAAAAAUCGUUAAGUUCAAAAUUCAGCUGUCUUCAAAAGACUUUCGGCCAAAACUACCUGAGUGGCCUAAAGGACGAAUUUUUCAAAUUGACACGCAAGAACAGUGGGAGACUGCUUUACCACAGAUUAUUAGUCAUCAAAGGGAGAUGAUAGCUAAGUCAUGCUCUGAUUUUUCAAUGCUACACUUCAGAGAGUACAUAAAAAUAUCUCCAAGUGAGACUUUCUUGACUUUAUUCAUAUUACUGUACAGAUUAACCUGAUUUCUCAGACAACCAUCCAAUAAGAUGAAUGAGAAAACAUCACUUUUAAAAUGAGAAGUAUUUAUUUUAAUAUUUUGUGGAACUGAAAAUCGAGACACAAUGUAGCACUAUGAUACCAAAGAAGGUCAUUAAUCCUGCCACAAAGGAAUGUUUCGUGCUGGUUGGUGACGGACAGGGCACAAGGGAUGGAAGCAAGGCACAGCUCUCUCAGCCAACAGGAAUAUGUUUUGACAUGAAAACGUUGUUUACUGUGGACACAUCGACAGGUGCACUCCGGAUGACGAGCAAUGUCAACAGUUUAGUGGAGUAUUUGAAGUACCUACAUUUGUUCGGAGAGACAUUUGGACUUUCCCUUAAAAAGGAAGCUCCUCUCGCCAUCGAGAUGACGCCAGCAAUAGAGAGACUAGAGUUAGUUUAUCGAUUUGACCAAGAGUGCGUCGACAAUGUCAAGCUUGUAACAGGCACGCAUGGUGAAACACAGGGCCCUCAAGGAACUGUUUCUUCAGUUGUCAUUGAAGACGAGAGACGAUUACUUAAGUCAGUACGUGAAAUUAAGGUCCUUUUGGACCGGUUUAGUCCUGGGUUGAGUGCUAGAUUUAACAUAAAGAGCAUUUUGACCCUGGUUGUGGAAAACACGUUUUCUGAGAUGAGAACGGGUGCCAGUGACAUGCCGUUGCAGCUUGAAUUUGACUACAGGUUCAGUAGAGCGAUCAAAGAACGCUUAAAAAGACAGUGCUCUACACCAUAUUCAUACUUUACUAGCUCUAUACUAGUUCAUACUACCCACACACCUUUGUAUCUGCAAGCUACUCUGACCUUCCGAAAUUACGUCCCCCAAAGACAAACAAGCUAACUAGUCAACAAGUUCGUGAGAUGAGGAAUUGGAGAGCUGUCCACGGUCAGAGUGUUUCCCAAAAAACGGUGUGCAAUAUGACGACCAAAGACAACCCAGGAACUCUCCCGAUUAAUCUAUAUGCGGUGGGCCCACCAGAUGUCCAGCCACUUGAUUUAACCAAAUUAGGAGACCACCAUUCAGUGCAACAAAUGCCACAGAACGAAGUGACAGAGUUUCUGUACACGUCUAAUCAGAUAGUCUGUGUUAAGCAUGACAAAGGGUGCCCUGAAAACACCUUGGUUCUCUCCUGCCUACAGGAGAAUGUUAAAGUUGGCAUAAAAAAAGUGAUGGCCAAAAUUUUUGUUCAAGGUCCUUUUAACCCAAUAUGCUUUUCGGAAAAUUCAGAGAAAUACAUUGAGGUAGAUAGCAUUAUUUGUAUCUUGACGACCUACAAACAUAAUCAAGAUGUUUUGGAACUUAAGGAGGAAGAGCUGAUCCUACUUCAGGAUGAAAUUCAACAGAUAAGUGAUGUCCUCACUCUUACAGAGGCGACAGAAAUUUCUGCUGAUGAACCAGAGGUGAUGCGGCAUUCAUCAAGGAGACGAAAGAGGUGUUUUGCUGAGGAUUAUCUUACUAUGACUAACGAGGUAAAACUUACGAAAAUACUGACCAUCGAAAACUGAAAUAUGAUUGAAAUUCUGGGGAACAUUAAUUAAUAUUUCUGGGGAUCAAGGGAACAUGCAACAGAAUUUCUGGGAACAGGGGAACUUGAUGAAAGUGAAUUUCAAGGAACAUCUUAAUUUAUUUUUGGGGAACAAGGGAAAAACUCCAAUUUUUUCCAGGGAACAAGGGAACAUGUACCCCCCCCUGGGAGGCCCUCCCUCAUCGUGCAGAACAGAAAAUGCACUUACAAAAAUUUAAUCGAGUAUGACGUUACAAAAGACAGACCUCAGCGAUGUGGGCUCGUUUGAGGAGUUCACGCUCCAUCUGAUUGCACCAUAGGUAAUCAGGGCAAGAAGGAAGGAAAUUCAAAGAUUUUUUCUUCCUGAAUUCAUAUAUUUGAUGCUUUCUCUCGAUUUCUCUUUAAAAAGAGUAACUUACGAGUUCAAAGAAACAAUACACUAAAUCUGGAGUGUAAACAAAAGAAGUCCAUGAUCAGUUUUUAGAAAACCUUGAUUUUCCCAUACAAUUUUCUGUAAUUCUACAAUAUCAAAAUUACAGAAAAUGUAUGGAAAAAUUGAGAUUUUCUAAAAACUGAUCAAGAACGUCUUUGUACUCCAGAUUUAGUGUAUUGUUUUUUUGAACUCUUAGUAAGUUACUCUUUUUAAAAGAAAUAAAUUUUUAAAGCUGAAGUAGUUUGUGCAAUGUAAAGAAAUAAGGACUUGGGAAAGAUCAUCUUGGAGGGAAAGAAAGAUGAGAAAGGGAGAGAGGAAGACCGAUGAAGUAGUGGGGAGGGGACAUGUCACUAACAGAAGUAGGAAGAUUGGCAAUUGAUAAAAACUGUUUAAAAGAUGCAACGUCCUAUGGGAUAAGCAGUUAGAGUAAAAAUGUGGGCGUGAUUUUAAUUUCGGACUGGAUCGUGUCGAAAGGUUUUUAUAUCGAAUCGACUGAUGUAUCGAAACGCCCAGUAACCUUUAUUAAGAUUCAUCUGAACGAAAAAAUGAGAGCUCGUUCAAAGAAGGAACUAUACUUGAGGGUCUGGACAAAUGACCGAAAUUUUAACUGACAAAUGACAUUUGUACCCCCCCAUCCAGACCCUCAUACUUGGACACACACUUCAAUACUCACACGAGUGUAGCUAAAUGUCGUGGGUUGUGGGUAGAUGGUAGAGGUCGUGGGUUGUGGGUGUGGGUCGGGGGUCGUGGUGUGGGUAAAUGUCGUGGGCAAAAAAAAAAUUAUAAAAUAGAAAAAGGUAAAGUAAAGUAAUUGAAAAAAAAGGAAAAGAAAAAAGUUGUAAAAUAUUUAUGAAACGAAAAUCUCUAACUCCUUGAUUACCUUUUUCGUCACGGCUUCUUCUUCGUCCUCCUCCUGAUAUUUCCUUAGCUACGUGGGACUUGGCUCCCCUUUCACAACAUUACUGUAUAAAAGACAUGUUGCCGAUGAAGAUUUAUCCAUACCAGAGCUAUCGCCGCGAAAUAAACGAAACAGACGUAAAUUAUACCUACAAUUUGCAUAAAGUAUGGCUCAAACUCGCUGAAUGGAAACAGCUGCUCACUAUUAAUCUUUAUUCGAUCUGCAAUUCCAAUGAUCAGCGGAGAUUUUUUAACACGAUGGAAUGCAAUCACCAUGAGAAAGGGGAGGAGAAAAAGACAAUUUUGAGGUAUUUCAUAUUUUUAGAUAGAUUAAGUCUUUCUUAAAGAAGUUUUAGGUCUCUUACCCUUAAGAAGGAACCACCUUCAUUCCCAGCCUUUCAAGUUAAGCGAGACUGUAUGUAAAUUUUAUUGCCGUACGAAAAUACAAUUUUCUCGAUUCGUUUUUUUGUGUUGUUUUGCGCUGUUUUGUGUAAAAAAUCUUCGCUGUAACGACACUUAAUCAGUUCGCCCAUGUUACCUGGGUGAUUUUCAUGAUUGCCUUGUUUUGUUUUUGAUCACGAAUUAUCUUUUCAGAAAAAAUGCAAAAUCUACGCAAAGCAAAUUCGCCAAGGCGAACAUCAGAAAUAGAAAGUCAGUGGAGGAAUUUUCAGCGACGUGAAGAAAAAUUCCAGAGACAGAUACGGGAGAUGCAGCAACGCGAGCAGGAUUUACAAAGGAAACUCAGAGUAGUUAAAGAACGGUAUCAGGACUCUCAAAGCCAGCUAACGGAUAUUGAGCAACAUGAACAAUAUAUGCAGCGGCUGUUGAGAGAGCUUCAGCAACGAGAAACAAAUUCUCAAAGGCAACUGAUGGAGUUUCAACAACGUGAACAAUAUAUGCAGCGGCUGUUGAGAGAGCUCCAGGAAAGAGAAAAAAAUUCUCAAAGGCAACUGAUGGACAAGAUAUGCAGCGGCUGUUGAGAGAGCUUCAGCAACGAGAAAAAAAUUCUCAAAGGCAGCUGAUGGAGUUUCAACAACGGGAAGAAUAUUCUCAGAGACAGCUGACGGAGUUUCAACAACGUGAAGAAAAUUCCCAGAGGCAGCUGACGGAGUUGCAGCGUCAACUGAGGGAGAUAGGACAACAGUUGACCAAUUGCCGAGGACAAGUUUCUGAACUACAGUUAAGUCUUUCCAGAGCACAGCAAACAAUAAAUCAAUUGCGGAAGCAGGAAACACGUGACUGGGUUAUUCCCCGGGACGAAAUUCAAAUCACAGAGAAAUGCCUUGGGAGGGGAGGAUGGGGAAUUGUCAAUGAAGGAACAUGUUGUAGCUGUACUGUAGCAGUGAGACAGAUCCAUGAGUUGAUUCUUUCUCCUCAUAACAUAAAUCUGUUUGAAAGAGAAAUGAAUAGUUCAUCGGCGCCACCAAUGAUGAGGGAACUCCUCUGUUUGUGA